AUGCCUGUUAUGCCUGAAGCAAGUUCCUUACAAGGUCAGGAUGAUCAAGAUACAAAAAAAAGUGAAAUAAACAAAAAUUCCGACAAGAGUCUCACAUCGACUUCCGCAUCCAUUCCCGGUGCAACAAAAUUAGCCGUGAAUGUUACCAAAUCCUCAACAGUUAAAAAUCGCCAUAACCGGGAUUUCUCGAAGAAUGUUGCACCAACUUCGAAAAGAUUGGCUCCAACGAAAGAUUACAAAGUAAUCCGUAAAGUGGAGGAGAAAGUCGUACAGGAGAGAAGUAUACGAACUGGAAGCCCCAGACGCCGAAAGGCAACAUUGUUACACUUUGUUCCAACAAACGAGCUACCGGAUGUUGCGCGCGUACAACUUUUGCUCAGCAACAUUAGUGAGCGACCAUUGCAGUUCAAACUGAAAAGCGAACCUGGACCAAAUAUCUCUGCACUUCCAAGCGCACGAGGUCAUAUUAGUGCGCAUGGUUCAGCGAAGUGUACCUUAACAUGGCGCCGUGAAGCAAAUGUCGAAAAAUGGUCUGAUGCACAACGGCCAAAAAUGCUUCUUGUUCUAGAUUUUCUUCGUGAUAAACUGGAAAAUGAAAAACGCACUCUAACAAGGCUUAUCGGUAAGGUCGUAUCAGGUCAAACUUGUGAUGCAGAUAAACCACCCGUCGAGCAGCUGAUGCUGGAUGCAGCUACUAACGAAUAUUCUCGAUCGUUGUCAAAGGAGCCCUUGGUAAUGGAACAAACACAUACUUCUAAAAAUGAGUUGGAAGAAAAAAAUAAGACGAAGUCUGCAGGUAUAGUGAAUAGUAUUGCAGAUUGGUUCAAUCAACAAUCAAAAGAUUCUCUAUUUGGAUUGCUUCUGUUGAUGAUAUUCUGCUAUUUUCUAGGAACAAUAAAUAGUUCAAAACAAAAAGUGCAUGACGAAUAGUCGGUCUUUGAUCAUAUAUAGGCUGUAAUUUUCAGUUGGUUUUUAUUCCCACUAAUCUAAAGUUUAUCGGAAGAGUUUAGAAUCUCUACGCUUCUAGCAUUUAUCGAACCUUUGAUCCCUUAUUUCUAGAUUGUUAUCCUAUAAUUUUGCUAGUUCAGCUGUGUUAUAUAUGAAGCACUAAUUGAAGUGAAAUAAAGAAUAUCUAAAAGCA